UCAUGAGUCAGCCAUGUCAUGCGAUUUGCACGUGCCUCAGGACAUAGUGGAGAAGGUAAUGUGUUUCUGUAUAAUGAUCUCAUCUUGAAGCUUCUAUUUUUCUCUCCGUCUCUCGAUUCAAAGUGCUCAGGCUUCUUCAAUUCGUCUUUCCUCUGAUCCUAAACAGGUUUUAUAAUCAUGAAUGAAGGUGGGUAUACUGUAGAAGUUACAGGCCUCUCUCCCAAAGCUACUGAGAAGGAUCUUCAUGAUUUUUUCUCCUUCUCUGGUGCAAUUGAACAUGUUGAGAUUGUUAGAUCUGGUGAAUUUGCCUGUACUGGAUACGUGACAUUCAAAGAUGCCUAUGGUCAAGAGACGGCUGUCUUACUCAGUGGUGCUACAAUCAUGGAUCAACGGGUAUGCAUAACCCGCUGGGGGCACUAUGUAGAUGAAUUUGAUCUUUGGAACAGGCCCUCAUCAAGGGCAGAAGAUGAAACUGAAUCAACUCAGCCCCCACAAAGAAGUGUUCCUAGUGCUGGAGAAGCAGUAACAGCGGCACAGGAAGUGGUCAAAACUAUGCUGGCCAAGGGAUAUGUGUUGGGAAAAGAUGCAUUAAGCAAGGCAAAAGCUUAUGAUGAAUCUCAUCAAGUUACUGCUACUGCAGCAGCUAAGGUUGCCGAGCUGACUGAGAGAAUUGGCCUUGCUGAUAAAAUUUUUGCUGGCAUGGAAGCUGUUAAAGCUGUGGAUCAGAAGUACCAUGUCUCUGAAAUGACCAAAUCAGCUGUAUCAGCAACAGGAAGAACAGCUGCUGCAGCAGCAGACACUGUGGUAAACAGUAGCUACUUCUCUAAGGGAGCUCUUUGGAUGUCGGAUGCUUUGAAUCGGGCAGCCAAAGUUGCUGCUGAUUUGGGUAGUCGGGGUGUUCAGCAAUGAGGCUUUGGUGUCCAACUUAGGUGCAGCUUUUGAUACUGUAUAUCGUAUGUAGUGUGUAACUAGUUGAUAGUUUUUUACUUUUGUAUAGUAUUUGCUGGUUAAUCAAAGAGGGGAAAUAAAAAAUAGUUCACACCAUAA